AUGACGUUGAAACGGAUGGGCGGCAACGUCUUGUCGGAUCUCAAGGCUCUGUCUCCGGAUCUGGUCCGCCAUCUCGCCCGGAGCAUCCACUUAACUCCGGUAUUCGCACAGGUUCUGUCAACUACUCUUCUCCUUCCCAUCAAAAAGCAUACUAUAACCAACAUGUCUUCCCCUACUGUCGUUCUGGUCACUGGUGCCAACAGCGGCAUCGGCUACGAGAUUGUCAAGUCCUUCUACGAGGCACCCAAAUCAUACCACAUCAUCAUGACCAGCCGAUCUCUGGAAAAUGGCACAAAGGCCAUGGAAAAGAUCAAGAGCGAGGUGCCCUCCUCGUCCAAUACCCUCCAGGUUGUGCAAAUGGACCUCACCAGCGACGAGUCCAUCAACGCUGCGUUUGCUACUGUCCAGUCAACCAAUCAAAGAAUUGACGCCCUCAUCAACAAUGCCGGCGCCACCUUUGACAUCCAGUACAGCGCCGGGGAGGUGUCCCUCCGCGACUGCUUCAACCGGGCCUACGACGUCAACGUGACCGGCACCACCAUUGCCACGCACACCUUUAUGCCGCUGCUGCUACGCUCCGCCGACCCGCGCCUGCUCUUCCUCGCCGGCCUGUCGCAAAUCACCGAGGCCGCCAAGAGCUACUUCCCCACGCCGCCGCAGCCCGCCGGCUGGCCCAAGCCGCCCGUCGGCUUCGAGACGAUUGGCUACCGCUGCAGCAAGACGGCGCUCAACAUGCUCAUGCUGGACUGGAACCACAAGCUGCGCGCGGACGGCGUCAGGGUCUGGGCCGUCGGGCCGGGCAUGCUCGCCACCAACCUCGGCGGCAACCCGGAGCUGGUCGCGGCGCUCAACUUGCCGCACCCGCGCAAGGGAGGCCGGGUGAUGCGGGCCGUGGUCGAGGGCGAGCGGGAUGGGGAUGCGGGACAGGUCAUUUCGUACGAUGGACGUAUGCCACUGUAG